GAAACUAACAAAUGGGAGAAAAUUUUGAAUAAAAACAAAAACAAAAAAUUAGCCAAGUGUUUGAUUUAGCCAAAACACAACCAAGCCUGAAGAUAAAGUAAUCCAUGGCAGAAUCAUUCCAACCCUUUUUUUUUUUUUCCACCCAAAAAGCUACCCUUGGCUUGAUUAGUUCUUGCACCUCCACGCAAUUUGGAUUAGCCUUUUCAAAAAUGCAAACGUGUCUCUGGUUCCAAAUUGUCCACAUAACAGCUAGAAUGUUCGUUUUACCCUGCAUCAAUGAUUUUGGCAAGUCGAAAAAAUAUCUUUCAGGCGAUGGAUCAGCUAGCACUCAAAAAAAAACACUUUAAAAAAAAUAUCUUUCAGGUUAGUCAUUGCCAUUGGUCCUUGUUUAAUAGUCCAUCCUACCAAUUUUGUACCUAAACUGCACUUGAUUGAUUCCCCAUCUAGAGAGAGAGAGAGAGAGAGAGAGAUGGAGGGUGAGAUCUACUAUCCAAGCUCCACCUUAGAGAGAGAGAUCAGCAACUUCAUCAAGGCAUGGAUUUCAGUAGUUGUUUCUUUAUGCUACUGCUAUUUUUCAGCCAAGUUCAUCUCAAAAGGUAUGCCCAGGCUUCUCUCAAUCAUCCCUAUUGUCUCUCUCUUCUUUGCCCUUCCUCUCAAACUUCACUUCGUCAACCUUUGUGGCCCCACCGCUUUCGCCAUAGCCUGGCUUUCCAAUUUCAAACUCCUCCUUCUUGCCUUUGGCAAAGGCCCUCUCUCCCACCCUUCUCUCUCUCUCCCACAUUUCAUUGCUAUUGCCUGUUUCCCCAUCAGGAUCCGACAAGACCCACCUCCGAAAUCACCUUCAAAUCAUGAAAAAUCACUGAAAUCUCAAAAUAGAAACCACCCAUCUCCACUAGACCAAGAUGGCCACAAUAGCCAAGACCCUCCUCCAAAUUGCCGUAAUGGAGGAAACCCACAUCCCAGAAUCACUCAAAAGGGAAGCACAUCGAUUCGCAAUUAUGCCAUAAAAGGUGUUCUUGUUGCCUUGCUUUUUCGUGUUUACAAUUAUAGUGACCACAUACACCCAAAGGCCAUUUUGGUCAUUUCCGGCUUCCUCAUGUACUUUAUGUUGGAAAUCAUACUAGCCACUGCUGCAUUCGUGGCUCGAGCCAUACUGGGGUUAGAGCUCGAGCCGCAGUUCGACGAGCCGUACCUCUCGACCUCUCUCCAAGACUUCUGGGGCAGGAGGUGGAACCUCGUCGUGUCCCUAACCCUGCGUCCCUCCGUGUACGACCCCGUCCUAUGCGUCUCGGCACGAUUCAUGGGCCGGAAGUGGGCUCAGCUGCCGGCCGUGGUGUGCACGUUCCUUGUCUCGGCCUUAAUGCACGAGCUGAUAUUCUACUACAUGGGCCGCACGCGGCCCACAUGGGAGAUCACAUGGUUCUUUCUUCUCCACGGGGCUUGCUUGGUGGUGGAGCUUGUGAUCAAGAAGGUGGCCAAGGACAGGUAUCGGUUGCCUCGGGUGAUCGCGAUGCCGAUGACCGUCGGGUUCGUGAUGGGUACCGGGUUCUGGCUGUUCAUCCCGCAGUUGUUGAGGUGCAAAGUCGCGGCAAGAGCGUUUGAAGAGUAUGUGCUGCUGGGAGCGUUUGUGAAGGAGGCUGUUACUGGUGUUGUGAAGUUGACAAUUCAAUAGUUCCUUUUCUUUUCAGUCGGAAUCCAACGGGAUAGAUCUUCCCAGAUAAUAGUUGCAAACUUACCAUGUGAGAUUGCUAAAAAAAAAAAACAACGGGCGUCAUUUCUGUAUACUAAAUAUACACUGAAUUGUAUGGGACUUUAGUUGAAUUAAUUGAUCAAACAUUUGCUGAUAUCAGCAUGAAUUGAUUUUCUACUGUAUACUAUUUUCAUUUUACAUAGAUUAAACAACUCUUAUUAA